AAUCCAGAGAGGCAGCACUGAAGCUACUUUCUGGAUCCGGUAUUUCUCACCCUGUUGGGAAGUCAGAGGUAGAAAACUGAGAAGAUCCCGUCAGAACCUGGGAGCCCACCGGAUCCUGGAGCCAGACGAGCCGGAGUCAAACCAGAGAUGAUGCUGUGACGGUGACCAGCCGACUGAGUUUGUCCAGACAUCCUGUUGGACAUCUGGAGCGGUUUGAGGAGACACCAUGGGAGCCUCCAGGGAUAAGGUUUCCCUCCUCUCAGGGCUUCUGCUGCUGGUGCUGUGCGUCACCUCGUCUCUCUGCCAGGAUGAAUACUCUGGAUACCACUCAGGUGAGAAGCACACCUAUGAGUCGUCUGCAGUUGACCACUAUAACAACAAAGGCUCCCGUCGACCCGAGCAUCAACCUGAGCCCACUCAGUACUAUGAUGAGGAGCAGCAGCUAGUGGAAGAGGAGGAUUAUGACCCACCCAGGGUUACCAUGGUCACCGAGGACAUCUUUCCUUUUGCCACGACCACAGAGUCCCACUACGCCAAGGAGGACACUGAGACCAUGCAGGUGCCUUUUAAAUACGCAGCCGGACCGGACACAGACUCCUCAGAGGAGGAAUCAGGAGGCGAUGCGGCUCUCGGAGAGGAGGGGCCGACUGAGUGUGACUGUGAACCUGGAGAGCCUGGUUUUGCAGGUUUUGCAGGACCAAAGGGGUCCAGAGGUCUGCAAGGUCAAACUGGCCUGCCUGGAAUCCAAGGAAGAGAAGGAUAUAAAGGAGCUAAAGGAGUUCGGGGAAGAGGAGGAGACACUGGACCUGUUGGUGAUGCUGGACCUGAAGGAGAAGAAGGAGCUUCUGGUUUCUCUGGCGGGAUGGGAGAACCUGGACUUCAGGGUGACCCAGGUGAGCGUGGAGAGCCCGGUCUGAAGGGUGAUGUCGGUAUGGAGGGCCCGCGAGGAGGAGGAGGAGCUGCUGGUGAGACUGGGCCUCACGGUGACCCCGGGCCUCCAGGGUCGAGAGGAGGUAAAGGUGUCAAGGGUUCCCAUGGUGACCUGGGUAAGCAGGGUCACCAGGGAAAAGAUGGAAGCAAGGGUCAAACAGGAGCGCCCGGGUUUCCAGGUGACGUCGGAGAGAGAGGCAACGCUGGUUAUCCAGGACAAACGGGACCUUUUGGGCCAAAUGGACCAAAGGGCUCUAAAGGGUUUGGUGGCUUUCCAGGAAGCGAUGGUGACCCUGGGGAGGAUGGUCCAAUAGGAGUCCCAGGUGUGAUAGGAGAACCGGGGCUGUUUGGUGUCAAGGGCAGUAGAGGGGACGGUGGUGUAAGAGGACCCCGGGGCAGACUGGGCAGAGUGGGAGCUCAAGGAGAACAUGGAGAUCCUGGAAUUCCAGGAAAACAUGGACCCAAAGGUCUGCAGGGUCCAACAGGAGCCAAAGGGGAAACCGGACCUGAUGGAGAGAAGGGUGCAGGAGGCCGGAAAGGCCUGAAGGGGGAGAAAGGCCAAAAGGGAGGAAAAGGCGUCCAUGGAGACAGAGGACAGCGAGGACCAGUAGGUACAGGAGGCCGUAGCGGCGUCCCGGGGCCUGUCGGACCACCCGGCGUCCCUGGCUCCAGAGGAGACCGCGGUCCGAUCGGUGACCCCGGCGGCAAAGGUCGUACGGGACCAAAAGGAGCUCCAGGUCCAGCUGGUCCUGGUCUGACCGAUGAACAAGUCCUGCAGCUCUGCAGAGGCGUGGUCAUGUCCCAGUUAGCCCAGUACGCCGCCUCAAUCCGAGCCAAGUGCACCCAGGGCUGCCCCAUCAACAACCGAACUCUGAUUGGGCCUCCAGGGGCCCGAGGACCAGCGGGGCCACCGGGCAGAGCUGGCAAAGCAGGAAAAGCUGGAGAGAAGGGAGCCAGAGGUGUUCAAGGACGGAGAGGACUGGAGGGACAAAAAGGAGCUGAGGGACAAAGAGGUCCGAAGGGAGCUAAAGGCACGACAGGAGAUCCAGGUAAAGGCCUGCAGGGUCCAGAUGGACCACAGGGACCCAGAGGUGAACCUGGUCACCAAGCAGAACCCAAAGAUGGGACGGAGGGUCCCCGCGGGCCCCGUGGUUUCCCUGGCUCGGUUGGGUCACCUGGUUCGGUCGGGUUCCCAGGCGUGCCGGGAUUCUGCGAGAUGCGGGACUGUGGCAUUUAUGCACCGGUGAUGCGCAAAGAGCAGGGCCUGGUGAAAGGACCCGCAAGCUCAAGCAUCUGAGCCUGAAAAAACUCCACACAGAACAGAACUUCUACGUCCAACAUUGCAGUUUGUUGCAUCAAUAUUUGAGAAAAUGGUUUGUGCUUUCAGGACAAUAAUAGACGUCACAACCGAUGCUACAAAUUGCAGCAAGUUGAUCAACUGAGAAUUUGCAUAUGAACCAGAAAAAAGAGAAAUCCUGCAGGAGCUCAAAUUCAUUCAGCUGAAUUUGUUGUGAUAUAAACUUAGGAAAAAGUAAAUUA